ACCCUUCCUUCCAUUUCCACUGUUACUGCUACUCUCACUAAACGACAAGCCAUACUCUUUACUUCAACCCUUUCACUUGCUUCCUCCUUUAAUUUCCUCAAUCUCACUUCAAAACUACCACUUUCACUUUCACAACUCUUACAAGAUGAUGAACUUCAACAACAAGAAGACCUCGUUGUUAACCUGUUUCAGGAAGCUUCACCUUCGGUUGUUUUCAUUAAAGACAUUGAGUUGACUAAAGUCCCAGAGAAUUCUUCUAAUGAAGUAUUGCUAAACGAGGAUAUAGAUGCAAAAGUGGAAGGCACUGGUUCAGGCUUCAUUUGGGAUAAAUUUGGUCACAUAGUUACCAAUUACCAUGUUGUAGCUAAACUGGCUACUGAUACAAGUGGUUUACAACGGUGUAAGGUGUUCCUAGUUGAUGCCAAAGGGAAUAGCUUUUCCAGGGAAGGAAAACUAAUUGGGUUUGAUCCAGCAUAUGAUCUAGCUGUUCUAAAGGUUGAUGUCGAUGGCUACGAAAUAAAGCCUGUUGUUCUUGGUGAUUCAAAGAACUUACAUGUUGGACAGAGUUGCUUUGCCAUUGGGAAUCCUUAUGGAUAUGAGAAUACUCUCACAACAGGGGUGGUCAGUGGUUUAGGCCGUGAGAUACCUUCCCCAAAUGGAAGGGCUAUCAGAGGAGCUAUUCAAACUGAUGCAGCUAUUAAUGCAGGAAAUUCAGGUGGACCAUUGAUUGACUCUCAUGGCCAUGUUGUUGGAGUAAAUACAGCCACCUUCACAAGGAAAGGGACUGGAGCAUCAUCAGGUGUUAACUUUGCAAUUCCCAUCGACACUGUAAUCAGAAAUGUACCAAACCUUAUUGUAUAUGGAACACCUUACAGUAAUAGGUUUUGAGUUUUUACUCUGCAUGUAAUCAACUUUUUUGUUGAACCCUUGAGAUAACCUCUGGAUAUCACAUUUACAUUCCCAAGUUGUACAUGAAAAUAAAAUACCAUGUCUAUUCUAAAACUGAAAAUUACGUUCUAGUUUUUUUCAUACAA